CUGAGCCUCUUCCAGCUCCACUCGUACUGCUGACAUCUCUCAGCGAGUACAACCAGGGCCCAGAUCCCUGUAUUUUAUACGAAAUUUACGCACGGAUAAGACAGCGACACUACUACAAAUUGGAGAACCAUUAAAAAAAACUCAGUGAGAAGGUCAGGGUAUCUGAAGGGGCGCCUCCUCUCUAGAGCAAGAUGUUAGAUCCGUCGUCCAGCGAGGAGGAAUCUGAUGGGAUAGUGGAGGAGGAGACCAAAGAGGCGAUGGCACCUCAGGCCGGAUCCCGCAUCUCUCCCAGCAGGACUAGCGAGAGCUCGGGUGGUCUCGCGCCCAGCAGCAGCCGCAGCAGUGCCCGUCCGACCAGCCCGAGCCCGUCUGCAGCCAGUGAGGAGAAGGAGGACCUGGACAAACUGCAGAGGGAUGAGGAUGAGCGCAAGAAGAAGCUGCAGUUGUAUGUUUUUGUCAUGCGAUGCAUCGCGUACCCAUUCAAUGCAAAACAACCCACAGAUAUGGCACGGCGACAGCAGAAGAUAACCAAGCAGCAGCUUCAGCAGACCAAGGAUCGUUUCCAGGCCUUUCUCAACGGAGACACACAAAUUGUGGCUGAUGAGGCAUUCAUCAAUGCAGUGCAGAGCUACAAUGAGGUGUUCCUGAAGAGUGACCGUGUGGCCAAGAUGGUCCAGAGCGGCGGCUUCUCGGCCAGUGAUUUUAGGGAAGUCUUCAAGAGACACAUUGAGAAACGCGUGCGCAGCCUUCCGGAGAUCGACGGCCUGAGCAAGGAGACUGUGCUAAGCUCCUGGAUGGCCAAGUUUGACACCAUCUAUCGUGGUGAUGAGGAUCCCCGCAAGGCACAGCAACGCAUGACUGCCAGCGCUGCCUCAGAGCUGAUCCUCAGCAAGGACCAGCUGUACGAGAUGUUUCAGAAUGUCCUCGGCAUCAAAAAGUUUGAGCAUCAGCUGUUGUAUCAAGCCUGUCAGCUGGACAACCUGGAUGAGCAGGCCGCACAGAUCAGAAGAGAGCUUGAUGGUCGUCUUCAGAUGGCUGACCAGAUUGCCAGAGGUGGGAAGUUCCCUAAAUUUGUGUCAAAGGAGAUGGAAGCCAUGUACAUCGAAGAGCUAAAGUCCUCAGUGAAUCAGCUGAUGGCAAAUCUGGAGAGCAUGCCAGUGUCCAAGGGAGGGGAGUUCAAACUUCAGAAGCUGAAACGGGGACACAACACCUCCAUCAUCGACAUGGGCCAGGAGGACGAGAACACGCUGUCUAAGUCUGAUGUCGUCCUCUCCUUCACCCUGGAGGUGGUGAUCAUGGAAGUGGUGGGGCUAAAGUCUCUGGCUCCCAACAGGAUUGUCUACUGCACCAUGGAGGUGGAGGGUGGUGAGAAACUCCAGACCGACCAAGCAGAAGCAUCCAAGCCAACCUGGGGGACCCAAGGGGACUUCACCACCACACACCCUCUGCCUGGUGUCAAGGUGAAACUGUUUACAGAGAGCACAGGGGUGCUGGCACUGGAGGACAAAGAGCUGGGCAGGGUCGUCCUCCACCCAACUCCUAACAGCCCCAAACAGUCCGAACUCCACAAGAUGACUGUGACCAAGGCGUGCCCUGAUCAAGACCUAAAGAUCAAACUGGCCAUACGUAUGGACAAACCACAGAACAUGAAACACUGCGGGUAUCUGUGGGCCUUUGGGAAGAAUGUCUGGAAGCGCUGGAAGAAGCGUUUCUUUGUCCUUGUGCAGGUGAGUCAGUACACAUUCGCCAUGUGCAGCUACAGAGAGAAGAAGUCAGAACCGCAGGAGCUUCUCCAAUUGGACGGAUACACUGUGGACUACAGUGACCCACAGCCAGGUUUGGAUGGGGGCAGGGCUUUCUUCAAUGCAGUGAAGGAAGGUGACACUGUGAUCUUUGCCAGCGACGAUGAGCAGGACCGCAUCCUUUGGGUCCAGGCCAUGUAUCGUGCCACUGGCCAGUCCCACAAGCCCGUCCCACCCACUCAGGUCCAGAAAUUAAACUCCAAAGGGGGUGCCUCAGCCCAGAUGGACGCUCCUAUUUCUCAGUUCUACGCUGACAGAGCUCAGAAACAUGGCAUGGAUGAGUUUAUCUCCGCUAACCCCUGUAGCUUUGACCACGCCUCGCUUUUUGAGAUGGUGCAGCGGCUCACGUUGGACCACAGGCUCAACGACACCUUCUGCUGCUUGGGAUGGUUUAGCCCAGGCCAGGUGUUUGUCUUGGAUGAGUACUGUGCCAGAAACGGAGUUCGAGGCUGUCACAGACAUCUGUGUUACCUGCGUGAUCUACUGGAAAGAGCAGAAACUGGGGCUAUUAUAGACCCUACUCUUCUUCACUACAGCUUUGCAUUUUGUGCCUCCCAUGUCCAUGGGAACAGGCCAGACGGACUGAGCACAGUGAUUGUGGACGAGAAGGAUCGCUUUGAAGACAUCAAGGAGCGGUUGCGUGUGAUAUUGGAAAACAAUAUUGUAAAUUUCAGAUAUUGUUUCCCCUUUGGUCGUCCAGAGGGAGCCCUGAAGGCCACUUUAUCUUUGCUUGAGAGGGUCCUGAUGAAGGACAUUGUGACCCCAGUCCCACCAGAUGAAGUUAAAGGAGUGAUUCGCAAAUGUUUGGAGCAGGCCGCUCAGCUCAACUAUCAACGGAUUAAAGAAUAUGCUACAAUUGAAGAGAACGUAGGCCGCUUAGUCACGCCUGCCAAAAAGCUGGAGGAAACAAUUCGCCUGGCGGAGUUAGUCAUAGAGGUCCUCCAGCAGAACCAGGAACACCAUGCGGAGGCGGCAGUCACAAGUUCUGGAGAUCAAUCGGCAUUUGCAUGGUGGACAGACCUCAUGGUGGAGCAUGCAGAAAACUUCCUGGCUCUCUACGCCAUCGACAUGGACGCCGCCCUGGAGAUCCAGUCCCCUGAGAGCUGGGACAGCUUCCCCCUCUUCCAGCUGCUCAACGACUUCCUCCGGAUGGACUAUCAUCUGUGCAAUGGAAAGUUCCACAAACACCUUCAGGAUCUGUAUGCUCCUCUGGUGGUUAGAUAUGUGGAUCUGAUGGAGUCCUCCAUCGCACAGUCAAUUCACAAGGGCUUUGACCGAGAGUCCUGGGAGCCAGUAAAGAGUUUAACAAGUAAUCUGCCCAAUGUGAAUCUACCAAAUGUGAACCUCCAAAUUCCCAAAGUACCAAAUCUGCCAGUGCCAGUAGCAGGACUAUCAGUUAACCUUCCACAAAUGCCUAGCUUUUCUACCCCGUCUUGGAUGGCUGCUAUAUAUGACUCUGAUAACGGCUCUGGAUCAUCAGAAGACCUCUUCUGGAAGCUGGACGCCCUCCAGACCUUCAUCAGGGAUCUCCACUGGCCUGAGGAGGAUUUUGCCAAACAUCUGGAGAGUCGCAUACAGCUCAUGUCAAGCAACAUGAUCGAGAACUGCGUCAAGCGCACCAGGAUGGCAUUUGAGUCCAAGUUGACAAAGAGCAGCAAAUCCACAGAUUUCCGCAUUUCUCCAACAUUAUGCACCAUGUUCAACGUGAUGGUCGAUGCCAAGGACCAAUCAGCGAAAUUGUGUGCAAUGGAAAUGGGCCAAGAGAAACAGUUCCACACCCAAAUCGACGAACUAAUCGAAGAAAGUGUGAAAGACAUGAUUCAACUUCUGGUUGCAAAGUUUGUUGCCAUACUGGAGGGUGUGUUGGCUAAGAUUUCCAGAUAUGAUGAAGGGACUCUCUUCUCCUCAUUCCUGUCAUUCACGGUGAAAGCUGCCUCUAAAUAUGUGGAUGUACCUAAACCUGGAAUGGACGUGGCUGAUGGCUACGUGACCUUUGUUCGCCACUCUCAGGACAUGCUGCGUGAUAAGGUCAAUGAGGAGGUGUAUAUAGAAAGGUUAUUUGAUCAAUGGUACACUGCCACAAUGAACCUGCUGGGGACCUGGCUUACUGAACGCAUGGAUCAGCAGCUCCACGUCUACCAGCUGAAAAUCCUCAUCAGGAUUACAAAGAAAAAGUACCGGGACUUCCGUCUUCAGGGUGUCCUUGACUCCACCCUCAACAGUAAGAUGUACGACACGGUGCGUAACAGGCUGACUUUGGAAGAGGCCACUGCUUCAGUGAGGGAAGGAGGCAUGCAGGGCAUCUCAAUGAAGGACAGCGAUGAGGAGGAUGAAGAUGAUGACUAGAGCCCCGUACACUGAUCCACCCUCACCCUGACUCCCCUUUCACACUUUUGACUUUAGCCUGGUUACCGAUGCAUGUACCAACUCAGAUAGCCACUCUAGGACCUCUUUGUCAGCUCUAAAUGCCUAUGAAGGAAUUAUUAACUAUAAAAAUAGUACUUACGCUGAGGAAAAUCUAAAUAAAAAUGUUUAAAAAAUAACCAUGAUUGGCAGUUUAGCUGUGUCAUGAUAAAGAUAGCACCUAUCUUUGAUUCAUUCAUUUCUAAAUUCAUUUCUGUGUUACUAAGCAAUAUGGAGAACCAUUUGUUUGACAAUGUUGAGUGAGAUUAAAUAGGUGUGUCCCUGUCCAAUGCAAACCUAUAUGGCGCUUCUUUGUCGUAUUCUACAUUCAUUAAUGGUACAUUGUUGUGAUGAUGAGUGUGUGGACCCUUUUCUUUGUCUUGUCUGUUUUUAAGUGAAUGCCAACUGCUUCAAAUGGAAAAGAAACCUCUGUAUUUGUUUACGGCUGUUACAGAAACACUGUUGUCUACUCACUGUUCUGAACAUCGGCAGUAAGUCUAGACCUGCAUUUUUAUCAUGUGUCAAUGCUAUGUGAUCUUAUCUCAAUUACUAAUUAGGAAUCUUGAACUUCAACGAGUGGGUAUUCUAGAGAUGCAAUAUUCUCAUAGCUCCAUUUUGAUAACUUGGGAGAUUCUAUUUUUAUUUCAACAUUAAAAGGCCUUGAAACAGGUUCUAUUUUAAUUGAGUUGCACUUUUACAGAGAAAAGAGCAAAAAUAGUUUUUUUUAUUAAAAAAAAAAAGUUGGUCCGUCUUUGUUCUGUACUUGUCUAGAAUGAGAUGUCUGGCAUUUGUUUGGGUCUCACUGUUGUUUUGUAUAUAUUCUAUAAAUAUAUAUAUAAAUAUAAAAUGCUGUACAUUGCAUUCUGAGCCAUCGCUGCAUGCCUGUGGGUUCCCACCCUCCCCAAAUGCUUUCUGUUUUCUGUGUGAAUUAGCUGGUGGAUUCAUUCUUGCUUUUGCCUUAUGAAAGCCAACAGUUGUAAUAUGCAAGAGCUGUGGCCUCAAAAUAAAAAUUACUGUACAUGUG